GCGGCGGGCGCUCCAGUUCCGGGUCAGGCCUUCUCGCUCCAGGCGGGAGCUUCUCCUCUCCAUGGCGAGCGGUAGCGGCGCGGGCGCGGGAGCGGGUGCGGCGGCCUCGGCCAACCUGAACGCGGUGAGGGAGACCAUGGACGUUCUGCUUGAGAUUUCAAGAAUUUUGAAUACCGGCUUAGAUAUGGAAACGCUGUCUAUUUGUGUACGGCUUUGUGAACAAGGAAUCAACCCAGAAGCCUUAUCAUCUGUUAUUAAGGAGCUUCGCAAGGGUACUGAAGCACUAAAGGCUGCUGAAAACACAAGCUGACUUCCAGAGAAUUCCUGAUGAGAUAUGUCAAGCUUGGCAAGAAAAUUUGAAGAUUCCAUCAUAGUCAAGAUAUAAAAUGACAAUGCUGCAUGCUGCGUAGAAAAUGUUUUCUUUUACAAAGAAUUAUAAAACCAUGGCUGAGCGUGUCAGUGGGAAGUGGCUUGAGCGAGAACCAGCACGUGUGUUUACAUCACGUCUCGUUGUAAUGGCCCCAAUUCCAGAGUGUUGCCACACUUAUUUAUGUAUUCCUUAUUUAUAGCUCUGCUAGCUGUGAGUUUCUAAACAGCAUCUAGCCGACAUGCACGGCUGCUGGGCCUGGUGGAAGUUAGUGGAUCGUAUCCGAGGUGAUGCGUAGUAGCUAUGGCUUGUUGACAUUACCAAUAUAAACCUUAAUUUUGAAUUGUUUAAGCAUAAAAACUGGCUGUGUGUUCCAUUGAGCUGCAAGUUAAUGGAAUUUGAACUGCUGUUUGUGAAGUUUUCUGUUUCACAUCUUGUUUUUAAAAAUAGGAUCCAAAACAUCUCAAAUCAUCUCCUUAACAGAAUAUUUAGUUUUUUACCCAGUUUUUUGGCAGUUAAAGGUGUAAAGAAGAUCAUUUUUAUAUUGUUGAAAACUUAGAACUUUUAGAAACUUGGAUUUUUAAAAAGAAAUGCCAGGGCUUAACUUAGCAUUAUUUGAAGUUUGAACCAUUAAAAUCUAAUAAGAACAGCUGAAGUGCAUUUCUCUGUAAAUUUUAUAACCACAUAAAGGUCCACAAAAUAAUGUAUGAAGUGAAAACAGCAAACAUACACAAUUCCUUUUUAAUGUUAUUGCAUAAAAACAAUAAGCUUACUAGCGAAUCUUGACUGGCUCUAAGUCACUACAUAGGUGGUGUAUUUCAACAGAUUAACUCAUGUUUUCUAAAGAAGUAGGAUUUCCAGUUGUUCAACAAAAACUAAUGAAAUAUGUACCAGUAUUAUUUGCAGAAAAUGUUUGUCAUUUUUACCAUUAAAGCUUUUAACUCAUCAAAAUGGUGGUCAAAGAUAAAUUCAAAAAAGUUGUGAUGGAGUUGGUUCUGUUCCUGUUACA